AUGAAGCUCUUGAUAUCACUAAUCCUAUUUGUACACAGGAUACGGGCGAAUCCACGUCUAUGUGAAGUUGAUGGGAGUUGCCGUGCCUGUGGCGAUGGACGAUACUCUUUCUAUCGCUGUGCAUCGCAAAAUGAUUGCUAUUCGGGUGAAAUUUGCGACGGUGAGUUCUGUUGUCCGACGACGAGAGUCACGCAAAUGAUGAACAAGCAGAACGAGUCAAAUUUAAAUGAGGGAUGUCCUGAUGGAUCUUCAUGGAUGAGAAGAUGCAAUGUUGAUUAUGAAUGCGAUUCGGUCAAUGAGUUUUGUGCUGAGGGAAAGUGUUGCUCAGUGUGCUCAAUUCAACGCAAAAAUCUCCUUGAAGGAGUCGAGCCAUCGAUGAAUUUAUUUGGCGUUCAUAUCCCACAAUGUGAUCAAACAGAACCAAGAUUAUAUCGAAGAAAACAGUGCCUAGCCGGCACGUCAACUUGUUGGUGUGUGAAUGGAUACGGGCGAAGGAUUGAGGGUGACGACGAGUGCGAGUUUGUGCGCCGAUCUCAGGAGAAUCCUCAACGGAAAGCUCAGAAAAUUCUUGAAUACUUGGCCAAAAAGAACUCUCACUAUUCGGAGUCUUUUAUCGAUCAUGGCGCAUCGAAGACACCGACAACAAUGCCCGUCCUAAUCCCUCCAUCGUUCUCGUGUCCAUCACCGACAGAGACUUGGGUCCCAUGUGACUCUCCUUGUCAAGCAUCUUGUGAAGAGCCAAACACUCUUCCAUGUCCAACGCCUAGCUGCCAACCUGGAUGUCAAUGUUUGCCAGGCUUUGUGAGGGCCACGAAAUCUCCAUUUGCUCAGUGUAUCCCUUACACGCUUUGUAUUCAAAUUGGACGACCACAGCCUCAGCCUCAGACUCAACCCCAGCCUCAACCUCAACCGCAACAAUGUCAGGAUCCAAAAAGAAAAUACACAACCUGUGGCUCGUCAUGUCCAAUCUCUUGUGAAUCUCGUCUUUCUCCCCGUUGUCGUGAGAGUUGUAGUGUGCAGGGUUGUUUCUGUCAAAUCCCAUAUAUUCUGGAGAAUGGAAACGAUCCAUUGAAUUCUCGAUGCAUUUUGCCUGCUGAGUGUCCACAAAUUCAACAACAGACAACUCCACACCCAACCAUCACCGCCAGUUUCCCGAUACAACCAUUCGGGAACUUCGGGAGAACACUGCAAACAAUUCCAGUGCCAGCCUUUGAACGAGUGACCCCUCCAACACUUCCCCCAUUACCAUCAUUUCCAACUUUGCCGCCAACUCCUUUCACUUUUCCAACAACAACACCACGAUCUAUUAAUUCAUUCUCACAAUGCGCUGAUCCAUUAAAAGAAUAUCAACAAUGUGGAAGUGCUUGUCCAAUGGGUUGUGACCUUCAAAGUCUAACACCUGGAUGUCUUUUGCAAUGUGUGCCGGGAUGUUAUUGCCGAUCGCCGUACAUCUUAUUGGUGUCAGCUGUGCGACAAUCUUCAUGUGUUCUACCAAAUCAAUGUCCUCAAGGAUCACAGGAUUCAAUCGUUGCCCAACUUCCAACAUCCACACAAAAACCAGAAACUUUAACAACAACAAGAUCAUCUUGUAGUGAUCCAAGAAAGGAAUGGUCGGAGUGCAGAGCUGAAGGAUGUACACGUUCUUGUCGCAAUCUAGCUGGCUCAUGUAUUCCAAAUUUGUGCAAAGAGGGAUGUGUAUGCCGAGAACCAUAUGUUCUGUUUGAUUUCAAAGAUAUGGAUAGCCGUUGUGUGUUGCCGAGUGAAUGCGAGAGUUCUUGUAGUGAUCCGAAAAAGGAGUUCAUCACUUGUGGAUCGGCUUGUCCACUAGGGUGCGAUAACCGAAAUCCAAGACAUUGUACUCCGUGUGAAAAAGGAUGUUUCUGCAAAAAUGGCUUUGUUUUUAAAAACUCAUCGAAUUGGCGAAAUUCCGAGUGCAUUUCGUUUGACGAAUGCCCGAACGAGACGACAAAGGGAACCGCUUUCAUUUCAGAAUCAUCUACAUUCAGUCCAACAAGUGUUCCUAGUGCACCAGUCUCAUUAGAGCCACCAAGAACCGAAGCGACAACUCCAUUUCCAAUCCCUAGCUUGUCACCAAGAUGCCCAUCGAGCACUCAAGACGUUGGCGGGAAAGCGUGCAUCAUGGACAGUGAAUGUCCAAAUGGACAAUUCUGUUGUCGUGCCCAGAUCGUCUCACUCAACUCAUCGCCUCAACGAUGCGCUUGUGAAGAUGCGAAUGCAGUGUACACAGCUUGCGGCACGCUAUGCCCCGAAUAUUGUGGACAAUCAAGUAAGCCAGUUUGCUCUUCCACUUGCAAUCCUUCAUGUCAAUGCGCUCCCGAUUAUGUGAGAAUCCGAAAUGAAAUCAAUGCGCCUUGUGUGAAAAAGGAGUUCUGUCCAAAUAUUUCUAACCUCGGUGUUGGCCCGGUUGCAACAAUGAGAGACAUCACUCCAAUUGUACAAGAAAAGGAUCGAUUCUCGCCGAUUUAUAGAGAUGUUGCCACAGCUCAUCUCGUCUCUCCGCAUUCAUUCGUUUCUGGAAAGUUCACUUUCGAGAAAGUCACCGAGUCGGCCACGAGAGUGCGGGGCACUCUAACUCAACUUCCGCCCGGCGCUCACGCUGUUGUCAUGCACCAAUUUGGUGAUGUCACCGAUGGGUGCUCCAGACUGGGUCCAGUCUUUAUGGGAUCAAAAUCGCAAGUCUCAGCUUUACUGGGGGACAUUGUUGGCGGGAAAACAAAUCCAACCGAGUUUAUUCGAAUCGUCGAUUGGCCGGUGCAAGAGAUUAUUGGAAGAGGAGUCGCCAUUUAUUUACAAAGCACAACAGAGUGGACUUUGAGAAAUGAGGAGAGUCGGCCGCUUGCGUGUGGAAUGAUUGGAGUGUCACGAAGA